AUGCAGAAAGGUCCGAGUACCAACCUGGCCCCUCCGAGAGGUGCUUCCACAGGUCCCUAUCCACAGAAUGGGCAGACGCAGCAGAAGUACCAGCCACCGGCAUUUCCAAACCAAUAUGGAUCUUACGGAGAUUUCGGUGGUGGGGCUUAUGGCGGUAGCCAAUAUUAUUUUCCAGGGGGUUCCAUGAAGCUGAACAACGGAGGAGCUGGCAGUGGUUAUGGAAGCUACGGCAAUCUUUCCAACGGCAAUCCCUACGGCAGCUUUUCGUACAAUGGUAUGGGAAUGGGUAACAGUUUUCAUGGACCCGGUGGUUUUCAUGGACCCGGUAGUUUUCAUGGACCCGGCAGUUUUCAUGGAUCAGGCUAUGGCAGUUACGGCAUGAACAGCAUGGGCGGAUUUGGCAGUGGGUAUGUCUGGUCGAUGCACGGUUACCAAGAGCCUCCCCCAGUGUUGUACAAGCUUUUCUCGAGCCGGCGUGACAGAGGCCGUUUGGGAUCUCAGCAAGACUUCCCUUCACGUUAUUCGCUCUACAGUUUAAGUUGUAAGAGCCCUCUCGAAUCGAAACCGUCGAAGGCGGUUGCGUCUUCCUCUUCCAUUGAAAAGGCACCGUCGAAGCCGGCGUCAAAGCAGGCACCAUCAGGUGUCUCAGGCAUCUCCAAGACCUCCAUUGCAUCAGAAGCUAAGAGCAGCACGGCAAAGACUCUGCCCUCAAUAUUAAGCUCUGGCGAGACACAGGAUAAGAGCUGGUUAAAGUCGGAUUCAGUCCGCAACGAGAAGUCCCGCCCAGCGGAACGCGGCCCCGGCCGAAUGGAGAAGGUACCUGUCCCACCACCCAAGAUGCCAACAGGAACGGGAAAGCCGGUCACUGCAGACAAACAAGAACCCAAAAAGGAGCGGCCGCGGAGUCCAGUUUAUUACGCUUUGGAUGAAAAGGAGCCACCCGCUCGUGCGGGUGAAAAGACUGCGAAGCAAGCCACCUCAAUGGACAAGAAGGAUCUGCGGAAUGCCAGUGCAGCCAAGGGUAAGGAUUCCUCAGCAUAUGUCUCCGCUUCUAAGGCGAUGGAUGCCAAGGACAAGGCUGCUCAGUUGGAGAAGGAGAAGGCAGAAGAGGCAAGAAAGAAGUCUUUGAUGGAUAUUCCCAUUUCGAACCGCGUCAGCGAAGUGAAACGGCAGCCACUGCAGAUGGGCAGCUCUUUUGGAGGCGGCGAAGGCAGUGAGGCGGUGGCAUCGAAAAGUCGGGAUGAGGAUGAAGAAGCACGGCAACGCUCGCGCUCGCGUAGCUCCAUACGUCGAAGGUCCUCAAUUGGCCGCGUGCGCAGCUCCAGCAUGAUCAACAUGUCCAUCGCUGAGUUCCCGGAGGCAGACGAGAUGAAGGACACCCUUGGCGAUGACAUUGUGAACCACAGGCGCUCGUCAGCCGUGGCUGGCGACGUGGCGACCGGUCAACGUAGGCAAUCCAGCGUCGUGGCAGACCCCAAACGGCGGGAGGAGCAGAAACAGAAAGAGGGGAGCCGUCAAGAGGCGCAGAAACAACUCCAGGGACAGAGCCGUCAAGAGGAGCAGAAACAACUCCAGGGACAGAGCCGUCAAGAGGAGCAGAAGCGUCAAGAAGCUCGGCAACGCGUGGAGGAGCAGAAGCGACUCGAACAAAAUCGGCAAGAAGAACAGAAGCGGUUGGACGAGGAAACAAAGAAAGCUAACGAGGCAGAGCGAGAGCGCCGCAAGACGGUGGAACGGGAACGCUUCCUAGAGGCGAAGCAACGCGAGGUAGAGCGGGAGGAGGCACGCGUCAAGGGUCUUAUUGGCCAAAAUGGGGUGCCUUACCAGGCGCAGAAGCCAGAAGAGAAAAGACGUGCCAGCAAUCGUUUGCGCCAGCCGUCGUCACGUAGGGGGUCUCUUCUACGCGUGAUACCAGAACAGCCACCUGAUGUGGAGGCUGGUGCUGUGAAGGACGUGAUGGCAGACACACUAGCGUCAGCACAUGAGCAACACCAAAAUGCUCGGAAGGCAUCGCUUGCAGAGGGGGAGAAACCCAGGCUGCAAAAACAACCACCUAGACAACAAGAGCCAGUGAUGCAAGAACAACUUCAGCGAGAGCCACGGGCGCAGGAACAGGAACAGGAACAGGAACAGGUGAGUGAAAGGGGAAAACAACAAGAGCAGGAAAGUUCCAGCCACCAGCCUCCAUCCCAAUCUCCAUCCCAGCUCCAGAAAGAGCAACCGGAGCCGGUGCAUGUGCACAGGCAACACGAAACGGAUUUCCGUCAGCACAACGUUCAUUCGCAAAAUGUAGAACAAGGGCAACAGGAACGGCAUCAAGAUCAGCAGCAACACCAAAAGGAUCCAAAGAAAACAAAUCCCAUCAGAACACUCGUUCUGGUAGAGAAGCAGCCACGCGGGUCGAAUGCCAUCACCACGGAUGGUAAUAUUUUCACAUACCGAGGGGAAGAGCAUGAGGCCACUGAAGUUGUUACCCGCCCUCCAGGAAGCAUGGCCUACCACUCGAAUCUUUUCAGUGUGAUGAGAGACACGGUGUGUGGAGGAUACAACACUGCUAUCAUAUCUUUGGAGGCUCCCAAUGUUGGAAAUGUGUUCAGCUCCCCUGUUUGGCCUGGUCUCGCCCGUAUUGUACGCGGUGUGCUGCAGAGAAACCAGAAUUCGGCUGAGGGCACAAUGGAGCUCACCGCGGGGUUAGGCUUUGUCCAUCAGGACAAGGUGCGAGACCUCUUCGAUGAAGGAAAUGGCAAAUUUGAGAAGCUUCAGGUGCACCCAUCGCCCAUCUACGGGCCCCGCAUUCUAAAGUUGCGCUACGGUAAAAUUACGUCCGAUACGGCCUUUGAGGAAGCCCUGAACGGCGCCUUGCGUCGCGCCAGCAGCGAUCCGGUGCUUUCCACAACGGACGGUAUGCUUAUCGGGAUACUGCUCGCCAAGCAGCACCGUAUUAUCACCAAGGAGAAUGGUGAAAAGAUAUGUGAUGUGUUGCUCUCCUCCUUCCUUGUGGUCUCGGCAGGGAGCAAUGCGCUGGUGUUUGAAGAGGCCCUUGCACGCACAAAGAACUUCUACAGUCCACUCUUUCACCUUGUAUUUGGUGGCCCCUGCAACACGUGUUUCAUGUUGAAUCUCUCCCAGAUGGAGGAGGGCGCUGGAGAACAGGAGGUGAUCAAGCGACUCAUCGCAUUACAAGACAAGAUGCGGUCAUGCAACAAUUACCCGCUGCGCAGUGGCUCGGUGCUGAGGUUUGUGCGGUAUGUAGACACGGCGCACAGGGAGGGACUCGAGCGCAUCAAGCGGCAGGAGGAUCCGGAGAUGCGCGCGAAACUCGAGAAGUACGUGCACGAGCAGGAACGACUGCUCGCAGAUGCGCUGAAGAUGCUGGCUGAGGCACGCGAGGAGCUGGGGCUGCCGUCGUCCAAGAAUGGUGAGGAGUGUUGA